CUUAGAUUCUUUUUCAUGAAAAAAUUUCGAAAAAUUAAAAAUGAAGAAAAAAAAAAUCCUGCCAACUCCUUUAUUAAGAUGGUAAGAGAGAGCUCUGAGAAGAGAGAAGCAGCACCAAAAAAAAUUCAUAUCUCUCUUUCCUUUCAAUUUUCUCAGUUGUUAAAACCUCUCAUACUCAUUAGAGAGCUCUUCACGAGAGAACUCUUUCUCUUUCCCAUUAAAGAUCAAAUCUUUCUUCUUCUUCAUCAACACCAUCAUCAUCAUCACCGUCAUGUGUAACCCAUCAACAACAACAACAACCACCGGUUCAGAGAACCAAGAAUCUCGAACCGGACUCUUCCUCGAUCUCUUCUCGAUCAAUAGCUUUGAACCCACAAAGAGAAAUCUCCGGCAUUGUGAGAACAGAGGAUCUCCUCUUAUGGCAGAAGCUGUAACAGAGGCGAAAUCUCUCUUCACGUUAGCUUUUCCGAUCGCCGUGACGGCUCUUGUCCUCUACCUACGCUCAGCCGUAUCAAUGUUUUUCUUGGGUCAACUUGGUGACCUCGAAUUAGCCGCCGGUUCACUCGCCAUUGCCUUUGCUAACAUAACCGGUUACUCUGUUUUAUCCGGUUUAGCUCUUGGUAUGGAACCACUCUGUUCUCAAGCCUUCGGUGCUCACCGCUUCAAACUCCUUUCCCUAACCCUCCAUCGAACCGUGGUUUUUCUCUUGGUUUGUUGCGUACCGAUCUCGGUUCUCUGGUUUAACGUCGGCAAAAUAUCGGUUUACCUUCACCAAGACCCCGACAUCGCGAAAUUAGCUCAGACAUAUCUCAUCUUCUCCCUACCUGAUCUUCUCACCAACACUCUUCUUCAUCCAAUCAGAAUCUACCUUCGUGCUCAAGGCAUCAUUCACCCCGUAACCCUAGCUUCUCUCUCCGGCGCUGUUUUUCACCUCCCGGCUAAUCUUUUCUUAGUCUCUUACCUCCGUCUUGGUUUAACCGGCGUAGCAGUCGCUUCCUCCAUCACAAACAUCUUCGUCGUUGCUUUCCUCGUUUGCUACGUCUGGGCGAGUGGUCUUCACGCGCCUACAUGGACUGACCCGACCCGUGAUUGUUUCCGCGGGUGGGCUCCGUUGCUGCGUCUCGCGGGACCAAGCUGUGUCUCCGUGUGUUUGGAAUGGUGGUGGUACGAGAUCAUGAUCGUUUUGUGUGGUUUGCUCGUGAAUCCAAGAUCGACGGUGGCUGCUAUGGGCGUUUUGAUCCAGACGACGUCGUUUCUUUAUGUUUUCCCGUCUUCUCUUAGCUUUGCUGUCUCAACUAGAGUCGGAAACGAACUUGGAGCCAACCGUCCCAAGACAGCAAAGCUAACGGCUACGGUGGCUAUCGUUUUCGCGGCGGUUACAGGGAUUAUAGCGGCGGCGUUUGCUUACUCAGUCAGAAACGCUUGGGGAAGGAUUUUCACCGGAGACAAAGAGAUACUCCAGCUAACAGCGGCGGCGUUACCGAUAUUAGGUCUAUGCGAGAUCGGAAACUGUCCUCAGACGGUGGGAUGCGGCGUCGUGAGAGGAACAGCACGACCGUCAACGGCGGCGAACGUGAACCUUGGAGCGUUUUAUCUGGUGGGCAUGCCGGUGGCAGUGGGUCUCGGGUUUUGGGCCGGAAUUGGGUUUAAUGGGCUUUGGGUAGGACUACUUGCGGCGCAGAUUAGCUGCGCAGGUCUUAUGAUGUACGUGGUGGGGACCACAGAUUGGGAAUCGGAGGCUAAGAAGGCGCAGACGCUAACGUGCGCUGAGACUGUAGAGAAUGAUAUUAUUAAGGCGGUGGUGGCGAGUACUAUAGACGGUGAGUGCGAUGAGGCUGAGCCGUUGAUUCGCAUCACGGUGCUUUAUUAAUAUUAAUUAAGACAAAACAAAACAAAAUUAUAAUCAUCAUAAUUAUUCCCAUCUCUUUUCCAUAGAAGGAGAAAGUUUUGCCUUUCUUUGAGAAAUUUAACAUUUUCUUCUUUUUUUGUACUUAAAAAUUUCUUUUUUUUUAUCUCCUUAUUUUUUCCGAUGCCCUUAUGAUUGGCCGUUUAUAUGGAGUAUCUAUGAGUUUUUUUUUUAUAAACUACUACAUAUGCUAAAUACUUGAAUAAACUCACAUGAAUGCAAAAAAAUAAUCACAUGAUUUUUUUUUUGCUCACAACUAAACAUUUAAUUACACCCAAUCUGAGACAAAAGAUGUUGGGACCAUAUAGCUGGAGCGACAGAGAAUUAAUUCAAAAUAAUUUUUGAAAUGUUUUUGUAAGUUAAUAAGAUAAUAUGGAGAGAAGAAUUCACUGUUGAAUUGUAGAGACUUAUUA